AUGAAGCAAUGUGUAACACAUUUUGAGUUGGCGGAGUUUCAGUCAGAAACUCAUAGGUGCAAAGAAGACUCAAGGAAUAGAAUUAUCAAAUCUAGGAAUAGGACAAAGAGCCAUGUUGGUUCAAAAUAUGCGAAACUUUUGUUUGAGUUAUAUGAUCUUUUCGAUUUUCAGCAUUGCCUGGAUUCGAUGGGACGCACGGGUAUGAAAACUGAAUCAGAGUUAUUAGAAUCAGCUGAGUACCAGCAGCAGGAUUCUAAGUGUGAACACAUCACGCCGCUCACCGAGUCAGAUUAUAGCGGUGAUAUAAAGAGUGAUGAUAGCGAUGAAAAUGGGGUUUAUAUGCCACCUCUUGACACAUUUGAGGUUUGGAAUUGUGAAAAUCUUCUUGGCAUACCACCGCCUUUACAUGUUUGCAUGCCUUCUAUUAGCAAUGAAAUUCAACGACGGGAUUGCCAUGAUCUUUGCGACAAGAGUUGUUAUAGGCUUAAUACAUCUGAGCAAAUUGAAAUAGAUAAAUCCCGGUUUCUACUGCUGCAUGAUUUGAUUUUUGGUGACGUAUAUGAAGAAUGA